AUGAACGCGGGACAGCAGACGACGAGGCGGUUGGCCGCGAGAGCGGGUCAAUCCAUAUGCCGCUCAUGUAGAGACUCCAUCUCCCGCAACACGUAUGCCACUGCUGCCGCCGCAGCCGUCCAGUCGUCAGACCAGCACAUCCCCCCCGUUGCCCAGACGUCUCCGCAGCCCUCCUACGCCGUCAACGCGGGCGUCGUCCUCUCCCGCCCGCCGCAAUUAACGCGCGACCUGCACCCUUUCGAGUCGGCCUACUUCCUCUACCAACGCCGUCUGAACGAGCGCCUCGCCCUGCCCUUCACACGCUAUUUCUACUUCAAGAAGCGCACCCCCGCAGAUCUAGAAUGGAAGCGCAAGAUGAAGCAGCGGCUGACGCCCGCCCGCGACAUCGGACGGUACAAGGGCUACGGCGACGAGGCGUGGAACGACGAGAUCCUCACGGGAGCACAGGAGAGCAACUUCGAAUGGCAGGUUGAGCGCUUGCUUGAGGAUGCCGAGACAACCGGCGCAGAUGCUCAGGAAACAGCCACCACGGCCGCGAGCAAGAAGGUCGACCACGAGCCCGUCGACAGGCCCAUGCCGAGGGUCACAGAGGCAGAUCUGCAGAACGAUACGAAGAGCUUGAACCGCGCGCUGCAGAGGACGCUGUACCUGCUAGUCAAGGACAAGGAGGGCAACUGGCAGUUUCCGCAGGACAGGCUGGACGAGGAGAAUCUGCAUGGGGCAGCGCAACGCAUCCUCUCCCAUUCCGGCGGCAUCAACAUGAACACCUGGCUCGUCGGCCACGUCCCCAUCGGCCAAUACCAGCUCGAGUACCCCGAGGCGGAAACAAAGCCCACAGGCCUCACCGAGUACGGCGCCAAGACCUUCUUCCUGAAAGCGCGCAUCAUGGCAGGGCAGAUCAACCUGGAGGAGAACAAGCUCGGUCUGCAGGACUACAAGUGGCUGGCGAAAGAGGAGCUGAAGGACGAGGUCGAGCCCAGGUACUGGUCGUCGAUCAAGAACAUGCUAGCGGAGCGGUAA